UAUGUAUGAUUAGAAGCUGAAACUGAGAGCAGUGCUAAAAAAAAGAAAAAAAAAGAGAAUAAUCAAGAUUUUGGCAGAUCAAUGGAAGAAACUAUAAUUCUUUAUGCUUCGGCAGUGCACCUAAAUUCCAUGUCACAGCUGGCCAAGUUCAUCAGCAAACACAACCCCACCCUCUCCGUCAUCUUACUCCUCAGCUGCGGCCCCGAACAAGCACCGCCGCCCAUCUCCGCCGCCGCCACGGCAGUGACUUACCGCCGCCUCCCCAGCGCGGCUCUCCCUCCAAAUUUCACCACCGAUCCUGUGGAACUCGUGUUCGAGAUCCCCCGUCUGAACAGACAAAACCUCCGCAAAUUCCUGGAAGAUAUGAUCUCUGCAAAAAACAUAGUAAUAAAAGCAUUCAUCAUCGAUUUCUUCUGCGACGCGGCGUUUGAAGUCACCACGAGCUUGAAGAUACCUUCUUACUACUACGUGAGCAGCGGCGCUUUCUUCGCGAGCGCCCUGCUGUAUCUCCCGACCAUAGACGAAGCGUACGAGGAUGACAUUGGGGAUUUGAACGACUUCAUCCAGGUUCCGGGAUGCCCGCCGCUCCACUCGUCGGAUUUUCCCGACGGUAUGUACUUUCGCAAGACGGUUACUUACGGAAACUUUAUGUCCGCAGCGAAGAACAUGCAGGUGUCAAAUGGAGUCCUGGUCAACUCAUUUGACGCGCUCGAGUUUAGAGCCAAGGAAGCGUUGUCCAACGGUUGGUGCAUACCCGCGGGUGCUCCAACAAUUACCCCGCCGCCUGUUUAUCUACUCGGACCGUUGAUCGACGGUGAAUUAGUCACCAACGGCGGUGGAGUGGAGGAGAAUGAGUGCUUGAGGUGGCUUCAUUCACAGCCGGGUAAAAGCGUAAUUUUCCUGUGUUUCGGUAGGUGGGGUUUCUUUUCCGGCCAACAGUUGAAAGAAAUGGCAAUUGGUUUGGAGGAGAGUGGACACAGGUUUCUGUGGUCGGUGGGGGGGAGUUCGCCGGGGUUGGAGGAGGUGCUGCCGGAGGGUUUCCUUGAAAGAACUAAAGAGAGGGGUCUCGUGGUGAAAUCGUGGGCCCCGCAGAAGGAGGUGCUGAGUCACGACUCGGUGGCCGGGUUUGUGACUCACUGCGGGAGAAGCUCCGUUCUGGAAGCGAUUUCGUUCGGGGUGCCCAUGAUCGCCUGGCCGUUGUAUGCCGAGCAGCGGAUGAAUAGGGUUUUUAUGGUGGAGGAGAUGAAGGUGGCGCUGCCGCUGGAGAUGGCGGCCGACGGGUUCGUCACCGCUGCUGAGUUGGAGAAGCGAGUUAGGGAGUUGAUGGAGUCGAAGAUGGGGAGAGCCGUGAGGCACCGAGUCGUCGAAAUGCAAAAAUCUGCACAACUCGCUGUGAGUGAGAGUGGAUCGUCGCUCCUUGCGUUGGACAAGUUCAUUCACCAGUCGGUGACUCGCGAUUGAGGGGUAUAUUUGUCAUUUCGACCACCUGCAAUUCUUUCUUUUUAUUUUCUUGUUUUGUUUAAUUUUCUUCAUUUUAUUUUAUUUUAUUUUAUGUGUAAUAAUGUGCUUUAAUGUGUUCCCACACACAUUUCUGUCAUUCACAACUAUCCUAUAUAAUUAUUGGCUUUAUAUGAAUAAUAAAUCAACAAUUAAUCAAUUAUCAA